CGCCCAGCAUCCCAGCGACACGCUCUUCCGCCGACAGGCUGUCCCAAUCGUGCAGAAGACAUCACGAACGGCGUCGGCGUCGGCGUCGGCGUCGAAAUUGAGCUGCGCGAACUGAGCUCAAACUCAUCUUCACGUGCAUCAUCUUCACGAGCUGGUGGCGCAAGUGAAGGCGCACAGCAGCCGCCGCAGCAGCCGCCAUGGACCACGAUGCAAAGCCUUCUUUCCCUACCGAAGCCUCCGCAGGCACAUCUUCGAACUCGCCGAACGCCAACGCCAAUUCUGCCAGCAAUACCGCGUCACAGCCUCGACCUGAAGAUCCCGCACUUGAUUCCAAGCAGGAGCGCGACCUCGACGCCGAGAUUGCCCGAGCCGACAGCAUGAACGAACAGAACGCUGCUUCAACGGCGCAACCGGCGGCCGAACCAUCCAACGGGCUGCCCAACAUUGCCAACAUUCCUGCCGUCGUCGAGCCGCGCAUACCACAGAAGAAGGAUACCAGCUUGCGCGAGUUCCUUGGCAAGAUGGACGACUAUGCGCCGCUUAUUCCCGACGCCGUCACUGACUACUAUCUCACACUUGCCGGCCUACCUCCACCACCAGAAACAGAUCGCCGACUCGCACGCUUGCUGGCACUAGCGACGCAGAAAUUCAUAGCCGACAUCGCAAGCGACGCUUACCAGUACAGUCGCAUACGAAGCACGAAUACCACAUCAAACAACCCACUUACCGGACUCGGAGGUGCCGCGGGUAUCAGCAUGGGAGGUGCCGGCGACGAAGGUACAGGAAAGGGCAAGAAGGAUGCGGGAAAGAGUGCACCGCUUGGUGGACCACGAGCAGGUUACGGCGGCGGAGGCGCAGCUGGCGGCCAAGGACGGACUGUCCUUACUAUGGAAGAUCUGGGCAUGGCUGUGGGAGAGUAUGGUGUCAAUGUCAAGAGAGGUGAAUUUUAUAGAUAGGCGGGCAGGCUGCUUAUCAUACUGUUACUGUGACAUGGAUCGGCGAAUGGGCUUCUUAGCUGUCACGAGAUGAAUCGGAGUCUGAACAAGGCUCGGAAGGGAAGCGGCGUUUGGUAGGGGUUUGCAUAUUCCGGCGUAAAAGACAUCACUGGGCACGAUUCUCGGCCGGCGAGCCUUGGGAACUGCCGAGAUAUGAAUUUUGGAAUGCUCGAGCCUAGCUUUGAUAGCAGGCUGGCGAGCUCUGUAACAGUACAAAGUAGCAAUCUAUGUACUAUCAAAAAUUAUUGCAUACCG